CCGCGGGUCUCUGUGGGGUGGGCCCGGUCCGGUGCUGGUGCUGGUUCCGUGCGGGCGGUGGGCCCGGGGCAGGCGGCGGCAGCGGCAGCGGCCCGGUCUACUGGGUCCUGGGAAAGGGAUGGGUUUCCAGGCCCCUGCCCUGGCGAGGGGUGCGGUGUGUAUGGGGUAAGAUCUGUCCAGAGUAAUAAGAAUGGUUCGAGAACGAAAAUGCCUAUUGUGUCACAUUGUGUACAACUCAAAAAAGGAGAUGGAAGAGCACAUGAGAAGCAUGCUUCACCACAGAGAACUUGAAAACUUGAAGGGAAGGGACAGCAACCACGAGUGUCGGGUGUGCAGGGUGACACUCGUGGGUUUGUCAGCAUAUGCCAAGCACAUCUCCAGCCAGCUGCACAAAGACAAUGUUGAUGCCCAUGGCAGGAAAGAGGAAGAGAAAGAAGAGGCUGAAGAAGAAUACCUUGACAAAGAACUCAUUCAACUAAUCAAGCAAAGGAAGGAACAGAACUGGCAAGCUGAACCAAGCUGUGCAAACCAAGAAUUAGAACGUGAUGACAGGAGACCACAGAGAAGGAGAGAAGAGCGAGCUGCUUACAAAGAGAGGGAAGCUUAUGAUCAACCAUCGCGGCAUCAUCAUAACGCUCCCCAGAGGGACUGGAAGUGGGAAAAGGAUGAUUAUAUUAGUCCAAGACAAGGCAAAUUUUCACACUCUCCGAGGAACCUUAGUAUAAACAGGCAUUCAGGUGGCCCAAGGGGACGCUCUGGAUGGCACCAGAAUGUUCCAGGAAACUCUUCAAAUCGGCAUAACUAUGGGAAUCCUGGAAAUGUUUGGCAUGCGAGUGGCCGGGAAGGAGGAACAUCAAAUUGGCAUCACAGUGCAAGGGAGAGAAAUCCUACUUGGCACUCAGAAGGAACAGGUCAUUUUCCUAGCUGGAAUUCUAAAAGUUAUGGAGGAAACUGGAAAUCUGGUCCUCAUGGUACAAAUGGCUGGAAUUUUGGAAACUCAGGAGAUACAUACUCAGUAGAGCCAAUAAAAUAUAAUAAGGAAAAAUACGCCCGGCAGCGGCAGGAGAGAGACACUGAGGUUCUGCCAUACAGAGAGCGAAAAAAUAGGAGUGACUCACUUGAUUUUACUAGUGAUAAACUUCCUUCUGAGGGAGCAUUGGACUUUGGUGUGGUAAAACAACCAGAAGGUAAGACUUUGAGAGCCAGUGGAAAAAGUGUCAGUCCUUCCAGAGAUAAAGGGUAUCGCUGGAGUCCAUACCCAUCCCAGAAAGCUGCAGAGCAGCAACCAAGGUCUGAAGAUAAUCUUUCUAAAACUCCAGAUAAGAUGGAUUCUGGGUUUACACCCCUUGCUGAUUCAUCAAUGAAAGGAAAAACUUGUAAAGCCAGCAUUAGCCCUCCAAAACUUAAAAAACAGGAAGCAUCUUCCCCUUCUAAUGCAACCUCAGAUCACCUUGAUUCUUGCAAGGUAACUGCAACAGACUGCUCCAAUGGUGAAAAGCCUGACAAAGAUGAUGGCAGAAGUAAUAGGAUGCCAUCACUGAAAUCUCCUCUUCUGAAUAUUACAGAAAUGAAGUUAUCUUCCCCAAAGCAAGACACAAACAGUCUCCUAAAAAAUAUCAAGCUUCUUUUAUCCUCAACAAGUGGCAAAGAGCAGAGUCAUUUGAACCCACUGAGCUUGGAAAAAAACGGUUUAUCCUCUCAUUCAUCAAAGCUGCAUGGUGCAUGUGCUGGUAACUUACAAGACAACAAAGAUGUGCUUGGUGGAAAUCUUGAAGAGGCUGUUAACUUGAAUGAAGCAGAACAAAACCCCAAAGAUAUUCAGUCCAACAAUUCCUUGCAAAAUGCUCCCUUAAGUUCUUGCAGGGAUAAUACAAGUGACCAGAAUAGAGAAGAAGCUGGGAAAGCGUUGCCAAAGAAUGAGCUCAGACCAGGUUCAUUAGAAGAGGUGAAUGAUGAUAAUUUGAUGGGAAGUGAGAAGUCUGAAGCAAGAGUUGAAAAGUUGGGUUCUUCUGUUAGUUCUUUUUUACCCUGUGAUAUUCCAGAACGUAAACCCGUUACCUCAGAAAAGGAAGAUGAUGAAAAGCCAGCUGCUUCAACUAUUACUUCUGCUGAUCUAAAAGACCCUAAGUUUCAGAUGGAAUCCACAGUUUCUCCAUCAAGCAGCCGGAACCAUCUGCAUGUGGAUUUGCAGACUGCCUCACAGGAUGGAGAAGGGGAUGAAGACCACAUCAAGUCACACGAUCACUUUGAAACGGAAGGUUUUGAAAAUCCUUCAGAUCACGAGCUGCAUAAAGGAGGAAGCCAACCAGCAGGCCUCCUCCUUCCUGAUUUAAGCAAACUUGGUCUCCCUGCCUCUCUGCAAAGAGACCUGACACGGCAUAUUAGUCUGAAGAGCAAAGUUGGGACACAUCUUCCAGAGCCCAAUCUCAACAACGCGCGGCGCAUUCGGAACGUGAGCGGCCAUCGGAGGAGCGAGACUGAGAAGGAGUCAGGGCUUAAGCCCACCCUUAGGCAGAUCCUUAGUGCUUCCCGGAGAAAUGUGAACUGGGAUCAAGUCAUCCAGCAGGUAACCAAGAAGAAACAGGAGCUUGGAAAAGGCUUACCAAGGUUUGGCAUCGAAAUGGUGCCUCUUGUUCAAAAUGAACAAGAGGGUCUAGAACUCGGUGAAGAAUCUGAUCUGUCUGCUCUGGAAGGAUUCCAGUGGGAAGGGAUUUCCUUAGCAGUGCCUGGCUCAGCCAGAAAACGUAGCUUGUCUGAAAGCAGUGUCAUUGCAGAGAGAAAUCCUUCUGCUUACAGCUUCUUCAGUGAACAAGCCAAAUCAAAAGAAAGUGGGCACAGGCAAAUGCUUGCAACCAGCCACUCCCAUCACAUAACAUCUGGGUAUGAGGAAAGUGACAUUGAGGUUGACUUGAAACAGAAGGCGUCUGCUAUUCCUUUGUCACCAUUUCUACCUGAAAGAAGUGACACUAGUGGAAGGAGACGCAGUCUGCAGGCCACCUCUGAGGUCACAGGCAUGCCAAAACAAGACCAGGAGAGCCCAGAGAAGAGAACACCUCUUCUUGAAAAACAAAAUGUACUAGAAAUCUCAGAAGAAAACCAUCCACCUUCAAAUAAUGCUUCGCUUCUUGUAGCAUCUAAUAACAUAGAUGGGGCUACAGACAGCAGCUGUACAUCUGGUACUGAGCAGAAUGACAGUCAAGGAAUUGGAAAGAAACGAAGAGCAACUGGAGAGGGAUCUUCUCCUGAAAUCCCUAGUUUAGAAAGAAAGAAUAAGAGAAGAAAAAUCAAAGGUAAAAAAGAACGUUCUCAGGUAGAUCAGUUGUUGGCUAUUUCACUGAGGGAGGAAGAAUUAAGCAAGUCCCUGCACAGUGUGGACAGCAGUCUCCUGCAGGCUAGGGCUGCCCUGCAGGCUGCGUAUGUUGAGGUGCAACGGUUCCUUGUAUUAAAGCAACAGAUAACCAUGGAAAUGAGCACGCUGAGAAGUCAGAGAAUCCAGAUCUUGCAGGGGCUACAAGAAACAUAUGAACCUUCUGAACUGACAGAGCAAUUUUCCUGCAGUGUCUUAAGUGAGAGAAGAAAUAGCAGAUCUCAGGUGGCAGCUGACUUAAUUCCUGCAGGCUCUUAUCUGCCCCUCCUGGACACUUUGUCUUCUUCUGUACCUCCUCUGGGAGUAUCUGUUCAUGUAAAUGUGCCAUCACCAUUCCAGUCUUCUGGCAUCACACCUGGUGCUCCUCCUGAGUCCUUGAUACAAGUGAAACAAGAACCUGUGUCUCCAAAAGGCUCAGAAGAAAAUGUGAAUUCUACACUCCAGCACUCUCCAUGUGCUUCACACGUAGAAGGGAUGGAGAAGAAGGAUGAAGAGACCAACCAAAAUACAUCGGUGUAUCCAGUUAUCUCUGCAACCAUAUCCCUACCAGAGCUGGCAGCUUGUUUCCAAAGCAAUAACCAAGAUGUUCACAAGGCUGCUGAAGACAAUGGAAAGGCUGGACUUCCUGAGAACCUUUCUCCUCAUUCACUGUCAGUUUUUAGCAAGAGAGAGGCAAAUGAUACAGUGACUGAAAGCUUUUUACUGGAUCAGUGUAGCAGUUCUCUUCCAAAAUGUUCGAUCCUGCUAGAAAUGCCAGUGGAUAAAACCCCCAAUUUGUCAGCAGAACCAUCUGAACAACAGAUGGCAACCACUGUUGUCCCAGCAGAAAAAGGGAACAGGAGGAGGAGAAAGUUAAGAAAGAAGAAAAUGCUGAGGGCAGCUCGAGUGCCAGAGAACAGUGAUACAGAACAGGAUGUAAUUGACUCUAAACCUGUCCGGAAAGUCAAGGGUGGAAAGGUUCCUAAAGGAGAAAAAGUUACUACAUCCACUCCUCCAAGACAGGAGGAUGGAACUACAGCUCAAACAGCAAGAAACAAAGAUGAGAAUGACAGUGAUGCUUCUCUGGAAUUAGUGGAGGUUCCAGCACCCCAGUGUGAGGUGGUUGAUGUUGGCUCAUCAGAAUCGGGAGAUGAGAAACCAGACAGUCCAUCAAAGAGGUAUUUACGCAGCUCUGUGGAUCAAGCAGUCCUAGAGGCAUCUUGCUCUGGUUAUGAUGAAGUGAGCUCAACCAGUGAGAUUGGCACAAGUUAUAGGGAUGAUGGGAAAAGAAGCGUGGCUGAGACGCAGACUUCCGCAUCACUAAGAGGAUCAAAGAACUCAUCAGAAGUGUCUUCAGAGCCAGGUGAGGAUGAAGAACCCACAGAGGGGAACUUCGAGGGACACCUGGCUGCAGUGAAUGCUAUUCAGAUUUUUGGGAAUUUGUUGUACACCUGCUCAGCAGACAAAACUGUUUGUGCCUACAAUUUGGUUAGCAGGAAGUGUGUAGCAAUCUUUGAAGGACAUUCUUCAAAAGUGAACUGCCUCCUGGUCACUCAGACAUAUGGGAAGAAUGCUGCACUCUACACUGGUUCAAGCGACCACACUAUCAACUGUUACAAUAUCAAGACCAGAGAGCGCAUGGAGCAGUUUAAACUGGAAGACAGAGUGCUCUGUUUACACAGUAGAUGGAGAAUCCUUUAUGCAGGCCUUGCAAAUGGCAGUGUGGUGACCUUCAGCAUAAAGAACAACAAGCAGGUUGAUACCUUUGAAUGCCAUGGCCCAAGAGCAGUGAGCUGCCUGGCCACAGCUCAGGAAGGAGCACGCAAGUUGUUGGUUGUUGGCUCCUACGACUGCACCAUCAGCGUGCGAGAUGCACGGAAUGGGCUGCUUCUCAGAACCCUGGAAGGUCACAGCAAGACAAUACUCUGCAUGAAGGUUGUGAAUGAUCUGGUGUUCAGUGGCUCCAGUGAUCAGUCUGUCCAUGCCCACAACAUUCAUACUGGAGAGCUGGUACGGAUCUAUAAAGGCCAUAACCAUGCAGUAACAGUUGUGAACAUUCUUGGAAAGGUGAUGGUGACAGCUUGUCUGGAUAAAUUUGUUCGUGUUUAUGAACUACAGUCACAUGACCGCUUGCAAGUCUAUGGAGGCCACACAGAUAUGAUCAUGUGUAUGACCAUCCACAAAAGCAUGAUCUACACUGGAUGCUAUGAUGGCAGUGUUAGAGCUGUGAGGCUUAAUCUGAUGCAGAAUUAUCGUUGCUGGUGGCAUGGAUGUUCAUUGAUCUUUGGAGUUGUGGACCACCUGAAACAACACUUGCUAAAUGACCACACUAACCCAAAUUUUCAGACCCUGAAAUGCCGCUGGAAGAACUGUGAUGCUUUCUUUACUUCCAGGAAGGGUUCUAAGCAGGAUGCUGUAGGACACAUUGAAAGACAUGCUGAGGAUGACAGCAGGAUUGACUCAUGAAGCUUUUCACCUCCCACAUUGGGAAGUAAUUUUAUAUGUCAGAAUUAUUCCAAAUAUCAUCAUUUUCUUACUCCAGUCUUUCCUUUUGUUUUCCAGUUGGAAUGCAAACAUGGAGUGAGGCUGAAAUGCCUUGCUACAGAGUCUGCAGGUUUUUGCACUCUGUAAAGAUAAGGCUGGUCAGUUAAGACUUCUCCCAAAUGGAAGAUUCUUGGAAGUUCUAAACUCAUUGACAGAUAAGAAUAUUCCCUUGUCUUGUCUGCCUUGUUUUCUGUUGUUUGUUUUUUUUUGUAGGGUUUUUUCUCUUUGUUUGUUGUUUUUUUAAGAAGAGUAGUCCAAGAGACUUUGCUAAGUCCAGAGGGGUGUUGAGAACUUAAGAUUACAAUAGGUGCUGGUGUUUGCAAACUCAGCUUCAAGUCUGUUAAAUGUCAAGGACAUGUCUGGGUUUAUGUUGUAUCCAAUUUUUUAAGCUGAUCUUAAUAAAAUUCCACAAACCAGAAUAUCACUGAUUCCAACAGUGUAACCUGAUUACCCAGUGUACAUUUUUACUUUCUUCAUAAAAAGAAAAGGUAUUUUAUGGAGAACUGGAAUAAAUUAAUUAUUUUAAUAUUAAUUCUAAUUUAUUUUUUAUUCCUUGUGUAAAAAUUGCUAUAACUGGUACAAAAAUACAGUGACAGACUGCCCUAACUACUAUAUCUCCUCAGGUAUGUUUUUCAUUUGGAGGAAAGCAGUUCUUAGCCAGUAGCAGCAAAACAGCCAGAACAGUGGCUCCACUCAGAUGCUUUGCAGUUCUUAGUCUUUUUUAAAUACAGAUCUAUAGGUACAGGAAAGAAGUAAGUGGUGUUGAUUUUUUGUUUUCUUUAAAUACCAGUAUAACCACUGCUAUCCUGACACAUCACUGUAGCUGGAUACCUAACUUCUAUAUGUGAAAUUUUAGUGACUGAGCUUUGCUGUUCCCAUAUCUUCAUGGCAUAGUAAAGUAAGAGAAAUGGAAAGACACUGCCUAAGUGCAUCUGCUUAAGUAGUGUUUUGUUUCUGUUGUGAACUGGCUUGGUUGGCUUGGGCAUAUCAAGUUCACACAAAACUCAACUGGAAAGAAUGGAGCAAGAUUUUAAAGGAUUUUAAACUCUAUAAAGUUCUCAAGCAGAAGCUGAGGAAAUGCAUAUUGUGUAGCAAAAGACUUGUGUCUGCUAAUGCUCAGAAGGUACCAUGGAGAAGCCAGUGCAGCAGGGUUUCUGCUUGUCAGGAUUCCUUUGCAGGUGCCCCUUGGGGUGGAAAACUUUACCCAUUAAGUUCAGUGAAAUGUGCUUUUCACUGAACAUUUCAGUGAAGUGUACAUUUUCACUUCUCUGCCAUAAUGACACUAAUUUAGCAAAGAGCUCUUUUAAACAAAGAGACUAAUCUAGCAAGGAGCUUUGUGGUCACUUUUGCUUAACUUGCUGCUCAAAAUAAUAAAAAAAAAUGUCUCUUGAAAGUGCAACAGAAAGUAAAGACAUCCCAGUGUCAAAAUGGAGCUGCUUAUAAAUGAAUCCAGUGCUUUUCAAACAAACUGGAUGCACUGUUUUUACUGGGCACCUCUUUCACCACUACUCUGAGCAUUGGUAUGCCAGUCAUAGACCAAAUAGGUUUAUAGCCCCAUUCUUUGACUAAAAAGAAGCCUUUUUAGGCCAAGAAUGUAAUUGAGGAAAGCCCAUGGAUGUUCUGCUGCUAUCAAAUCCAAGAACUUCAGGGCACACUAUCUUUGUAUUGUCAUAGUGGACAAGGAUAAUUUCUCUGUAGUGGCUUGACACUGGUUUUUGGUGAGAAGACACUAAAACAGGAAUGAGAUGUAGUAGCAUCCUGCUUCAUAUACAUGGGAAUCUCUGAGGUUCCAGUGCUUUUGUGGUGAUCUGUUGGGGUUUUUUAUUAAGUUGUUUGUGAGCAGGAAAAAACACAAGAUGUGGCUCAAACCCUGGACUGUUUUGAGGGUGGUUUUGUUUUGGUUUCUGGAGUGUGUAUUUGGGGUUUGGUUUUGUUGUUUCUUUUUUUUUCUGUCUGUGGAUGAAACAUUUCAAGAAUCAAGUUCAGGGAAAUCUCUGAGCAGUGUAAAAUGUCUUCUGUUGCAGGCUGUAUUGCUCUGAUGUCUCUGAGAGUAUUUGGAUUUUUAAUAAUCUAAAUCCAGAAGACUGCAUAAUACUUAAACCAUUUCCAAAAUUACUGAUAUUCAAGAGUUCUUCAGGGUUUAUUUUGAACCACAAUGAAGGGAGCAUGUGAAAGUGUGGCAUGAACUACAUGAAUAUCUCAAGUUGUCCUUCAUGGACUCUUUUUGAAGUGAAGUUGUGGAGGUUUGUGUCCUGAGGACAAGCUCAUGGGGUGAUUUAGCAUUCUGAAAAAUGGUGUGUGAGAAGAGUAGAUUUUCUUACUUCUUCCUUGUGAUUCUUUCAGCUGUUUCCAGGAAUGUGUGAGGAUCUUUCUCAGUAGGUAUUGAAACAAAUACAGUUAUGACAUUUUAUUUGCAUUCCUGAUUGCUUGUUCCAAUUAUCUUUUCUAGCUGGAAGUAGACUUCUUUUUCUUGUAGUCUGUUGUAUUUCUUUAUUUUUCCUUAAACAGUCCUCCUGAAAAGUCUGGGCUUCUAAAAUCCACCAUUAGCUUUACCAGGGGUGUUAUUUGGUGAUUUCUAGGUCAUUUCAGAUAUAGUGUAGAAAUCUUAAAAUGGGUAAAAGGCAGGAAAAUAGCAGUGCUGCAUGAAUCUUUGUAAAAAUUUGUUUCAUAAGCUAGAGACAAUUUUAAAAACUGCUCAGGGGUUCAGAGGAAAAUGCUGUGCUGCUUUGUUCUGAGGAUAUCUUAAAAGGAUUUAUUAGGAAGCUUUUGUGCAGCUGGGGAAAUCCCUUCUCUGGAGUUCUGUGGGGAGGUUUCUGAUUUGUUCAGCUGGAAUUCAGGACAGCUUUUGCUGCUGACUGUUUAUUUCUUCUGGAGGCAAUUACAGGAGGGAGAUACCAGACUAAAUGUGUGGGCUUGGUAACCACCCAUGAAAUUCUCUUCCACCUUGCAACUUAGGGUUUUGAUUCCUGAUAUACCUCUAACUGAAGGAUGUAGUAACUUGGGGAAGGUGGAUUAUUUGUGAAAUUUACCCAAGUACUAUUUGCAUGAAAAGCAGUACUGCACACCUGGAGGCUGUUUCAGGACUAUUUUUGUUUUCAUUUUGGUUUUUUAAUGGAAGUAAAAAGUUGUGGGUGGGAGAGUGAGUAGAGUGAGGUUUCAUUUUCUGGUUAGCUGUGUUUAUUUAUUAGUCAAAUGUUAAAUAAGGAGCUCUGGACUUGCUCUGUGUCUGACUACAUAUGGCAGGCCCUUUAGGGGGUAAGCCACCAUUUUCCUUGUAGCAGGACUGACUGCACCUAAUAAGCUGCGAGCAUCCUGAGUGUUCAGAGGCAUCAUACAAAGAAUGGGCCUGGUGCUACUGAAACCAGUUAUUCUUUUGAAAAGCAUCAGAACUUGUGCCAUAGGCAUACCAAGCUCCAAAAGGAGAGUGCAAGUAGCAUAAAAUGAUCACUUGAAGCUCACAUGUGCUGCAAAGCUUAACCUGCCCCAGUGCUCAUAACUACACAUGUAUUGAAUGAUAAGACAGCACUAGGAUUGAUCUGUGUUUGCUGCUCCUUUCUCCUUCAAAUCACAGGGAAAAAUAACAGCUGUCAGUGCUAAAUAUUUUGUGGCCUAACACUGCUGCUUCUGUAUCUGAAAGGGGGUGGAGGGAAAACUGCUGCAUCUGUUGGUACAAAAACUCAUUAAAUACCCCAGCUUCUGCUUGCCUGGUGUUACUUAGAUGUGGAGUGUGGAUUACAGACUUUAAAUGUGUUAUCAGCACAUGAGCUGACUUCUGCAAAAUAGUAGAAGUUUGGCUGUGCUGUGUGUCUGGAGUAGUGCAGUUCUUAAUGCACAUUUUCAAACAGUACAAUAAUGCCAGAUCAAGAUGCUGAAAAAACAUUUUUCCCUUCUUUUAUAUUAAAAAACAGGUGCAGAUGGGUCUUGGUUUUCAGGCUUGUAUGGUACUGUCAUUCAAACAGUCUGUAAGUUGUCCUGAGCUGCAGAAUAUGUGAGGAAGGAUAAGGAAGUGGUUUCAGCUACUGUUUGUAAAAUAUAUAAUAGUUAAAGAGCAAACUGUAGGAAUAUGUUCUGUUCUAUGUGCCUGCCAGCUUCUCAAGUUUCAUUUUGCUGUAAGUGUUAAGCAGUCCCUUGGAAGAAUGGAAGUGGAAUAAAACAAGAGCAUCAAAUUCUUAAUAAUUUAAGUUGUGUAGCACAUGUGCAGAGAUUGACCUUGGUUUUCUUCUCUCACUUUGGUACAGAGCUGUGAGUGUAAUAACAAACCUUUACACAGCAAAAAAAGAACAAGAAAGAAAAAAAAAAAAGAAAUAAAAGUUCUUUAUAUUGUU